AAUAGAAAUAAACUCUGUAUAUGUAAAUACAAAGAGAAAUAUUUUUUUUUUUUGUAUUGAUACGUAACAACCACCACCUUAUUGUUCUUAUCCCACCAUAAUACAUGAUUAUGGAAUGACUUUUCAGCAAAACACACCUCAAAAUUUCUCAAUUCUUGGAAUAUGCGGCGGUUACAAUUCAUUUAAUUAUUGUCAGAAACUUAGAAGAUUAUACACGUACCUGUACGUAUGUAACAGCAGAUCUCGUAUAUAGUAUUAUAAAUGGCUCAUUCCUUGUCUAACAAAAAGUCACGCGUGAGAUAUUUAAAGACACUACAAAAGGAGAUCCUUUGCAUCUUCUGUGUUCUUGCUUGCUUUCGUCACUUGCUUUUUUUCCUCCGUGAUUUCUUGAUUCUUCCCGGAUUCUUGAAUUUUUGAGAUGAUUUAAAGGAGGGAAAAAUAAAGAGAGAGAGAGAAGAAGAAGAAGAAGAAGAAGAAAAGCAUCAGUUUUUCUUUUACUUUGGCAUUUCUCUUUCGAAGCAAUGUUGCGAAGGAGACUGCUCAUUCUCUCCUUUCUCGUGUUCGUAUGACAGAUUAAAAAUGUUUUUAAGGGUUUUUGUCUUAUCUGGGCGAUAAUGCCUAGAGAGAGUGUUUAAAAGAUUACUAUUAAAUACUCUUUUUUUUAGAUUUUUGGGUUGUUGAGUUAUUAUCGCUUAAUUACGAUGCAAAGAGUACACAAUAAACCGAUUGAUUCCAUCGGAAAAGCUCCCUCCGCCACUGUUAAACAUCACUUGAUCAAACAGAGCAACGGCGGCGUGACGGCGGCGGAUAUGCAGGAGCCGAGCAUCGAGACUGAUAAGCUCAGCUACGAGAUUUUCUCGAUCCUCGAAAGCAAGUUUCUUUUCGGGUACGAUGAACCCAAGCUCAUGGAAUCCCGGAGCCGAGUCCCGAGCCCCGAGCAGGAAACGCCGGCGGCGGUUGCGGAAGCUAUGAACGGCGUCGUUCAGGGAUCAAUCAAGAACCAGAGAGGGAAAGUCUGUGUUCUGAGCAUCGACGGUGGCGGAAUGAGAGGGAUUAUACCGGGGAAGGCUUUGGCGUAUCUGGAGCAAGCGUUGAAGUCGAAAUCGGGUGACCCGGAUGCCCGAAUCGCCGAUUACUUCGACGUCGCUUCCGGUUCCGGUAUCGGUGGGAUUUUCACGGCGAUGCUUUUCGCCUCGAGCGACGGGGACCGUCCGAUCUUCAAGGCGGAUGACACGUGGCGAUUCUUAGCCAAGAACGGGAAAUGCUUCUACAAGCCACAGCAGGGGAGGAUCCUAAACCGGGUCAUGAAAACCGGGUCGGGUUCGAAGCUUGAGAAAUCGAUGAAGGAGUCAUUCGCUGAGCUAACGCUCAAGGACACGCUUAAACCGGUGCUGAUCCCUUGCUACGACCUCACGAGCUCUGCGCCGUUCCUUUUCUCACGUGCCGACGCUUUGGAAACGGACGGCUACGAUUUCAAGCUGUGGGAGGUUUGCAAGGCCACGUGGGCUGAACCGGGAGUGUUCGAGCCGGUCGAGAUGAGAUCAGUGGACGGCAAGACGCGGUGCGUUGCGGUCGAUGGUGGGUUAGCGAUGAGCAAUCCAACGGCUGCAGCGAUCACUCACGUGUUGCAUAACAAACAAGAGUUUCCUUUUGUUAGAGGCGUUGAGGAUAUGCUUGUGCUGUCUCUUGGGACAGGACAGUUGGUGGAUGUCAAGUAUGAAUGUGAUAAGGUUAUGAAGUGGAAGGCUAAGCAUUGGGCUCGACCCGCGGUUCGGAUUUCUGCUGACGGAGCGGCCGAUACUGUGGACCAGUCGGUUUCCUUGGCGUUUGGUCAGUGCCGUAGGAGUAACUACGUCCGUAUUCAGGCGAAUGGGUCAAGCUUUGGUCCGUGUAGAGCAAACAUAGACACGGACGCGAGUCCGAGCAAUGUGAAUAUGCUGUUGGGAGUAGCGGAGGAGAUGCUGAAGCAGAAGAAUGUGGAGUCGGUUCUGUUUAGUGGUAAAAAGAUCAGUGAAGAAAGCAAUUUCGAGAAGCUUGAUUGGUUAGCCGGUGAGCUCGUGCUUGAACACCAGAGGAGGAGUUGCAGAAUCGCUCCCACUGUAGCGUUCAAGCAAUCAGGCGACAGAAGAACCGAGCAGAAGACGAUGUUCAAGGAUAUUGAUUGUAUGUUUUGAAGAGAUUUAUAUAUCUUCUAAUUUAAGGGUUUUAAUUUGUAUAGAUUAAUGUUUUUGAGUUAUGAGGAGAAAGCGAACAUCAUGUUCCAACGUAGGCCUCUUUCUCGUCUAUUUAUUAUAAAUCGAUCCUAAGAGAUGUGUUAUUUUUGCUUUGUUAGAUGUAAUUUUUAUUGACUCAAAAAGAGCUUUGUUAUAACAAAACUUUGCGAUUCAUAUA